GAAUGUGAGGCCACGCCCCGGUCAGUGCGGCACGGAGAAUCAUCAAGAGAACGUCUUCGUAUUCCAUCAGAAGAGAAUAAUGGCUACCAACGAAUAUUCACAACCAGCGGCCCAAGGGUAUGGGUCCUACCCUUCACAACCUGCACAGGGCGGCUAUUCCCAGCAGGGAAGCCAGUCCUAUGGCCAGCAGCAGCAGCAGGGUUACAGCGGCUACGGCCAGUCUACUACUGGGUCUUCUUCCUAUGGACAGAGCGGAGGGUACGGCUCAUCCUAUGGACAGGAGCAGAGCUCUGGCUAUGGUGCUCAGUCAGCUCCAGGAUACAGCGCUGGUAACUAUGGCGGCUCCCAGACUUCCCAGACCCCCUACAGUGGAGGAGGACAGCAGCCACCACAAUCCUCCCAGUCAUCGUAUUCCAGCUAUUCCCAGCAGCCUCCAGCCAGCAGUAACACUGGAAGCUAUGGCAGUGGCUCUCAGUCCUACCAGCAGCAGCAAGGCAGCGGGUAUGGACAAUCCAGUGGUGGUGGAGGAAGCGGAGGAGGUGGUGGUGGAUAUGGAGGUCAGCAGAGCAGCUAUGGAGGUGGAGGAGGCGGCGGUGGCCAGUCCGGUUACGGAGGUCAGAGUCAGGGCGGAUAUGGUGGUGGUCAGCAGUCCAGCUCCUAUGGGCAGCAGUCCAGCUAUAAUGCCUCCCAGGGUUAUGGCCAGCAGCAGCAAUCACAGUACGGUGGUGGAUCUGGAAGUUAUGGCCAGGACUCUCCUCCCAUGGGUGGUGGUGGAGGAGGCGGCGGCAGCGGCUAUGGUUCCGACCAAGGCGGUUAUGGCGGACAGGAUAGAGGCAGAGGCCGCGGUGGAUUCAGUGGUGGGCGUGGAGGCUUUGACCGAGGCGGCAGAGGAGGCCGUGGUGGAAGAGGCGGCGGCAUGGGCGGUGGUGAACGGGGAGGAUUCAGUAAAUUUGGUGGACCACGUGAAGGCGGACCUCCCAGACAUGAAAUUGGUGAACAAGACGAUGAUAACAACUCAGUCAUAUCUUUGACAGGUGAACAGGAUAACUCAGACAACAACACUAUUUUUGUGCAAGGCCUGGGUGAUAGUGUAACAGUGGAGGCCGUUGCUGAGUACUUUAAGCAGAUUGGAAUCAUCAAGACCAACAAGAAGACAGGGCAGCCCAUGAUAAACCUGUACACAGACCGGGAGACCGGCAAACUAAAGGGCGAAGCAACAGUUUCCUUUGAUGAUCCCCCAUCUGCCAAGGCAGCCAUUGACUGGUUUGAUGGCAAAGAAUUUUCUGGAAAUCCGAUCAAAGUUUCAUUUGCUACACGGAGAGCCGACUUUACAAGCCGUGGAGGUGGAAACACGGGAGGUAGAGGACGUGGAGGUCCCAUGGGACGUGGAGGGUUUGGUGGUCCCAGUGGUGGAAACGGCAGCCGUGGAGGUGGAGGUGGUGGAGGAGGAGCAGGAGGAUUCCCCAGUGGUGGUGGAGGACAGCAGAGAGCUGGAGACUGGAAAUGUCCCAACCCAUCCUGUGAUAACAUGAAUUUCUCCUGGAGAAAUGAGUGCAACCAGUGCAAGGCUCCCAAACCCGAUGGUCCCGGAGGACCUGGAGGUUCACACAUGGGUGGAGGUGGAUUUGGCGAUGAGAGAAGAGGUGGCGGAGGACGUGGUGGUUUUGAUCGUGGUGGUUUCAGAGGAAGGGGAGGUGACAGAGGUGGUUUCCGUGGUGGAAGAGGUGGAGGUGACCGUGGAGGAUUUGGACAAAACAAAAUGGAUUCCAGGGGUGACCACAGACAAGACAGACGCGAACGACCAUACUAGCUGUGACGAAUGUUUCUAAGUUUUUUUUUUUUUUUUUUUUAGUUUGUUUAAUUUUAUACAUAUUAAGCUGUAUCCUAUGGAUCCUUCUGAAUUGUUCUCAAUUUAUGUACUUUGUAUUAUCUCCGCAGUGCGCUGUCAAUUUUACCUGUCUUUGUAAAGUACUUGCCAUUAAACAGAUGACCUUGUGUGUACAUUUCCAUAA